UAUGACAUCGGGAUGAAGAGGCACUUCUUGGAGAUUGUCCACCAUAGUCAGACCUAAGUAUCUGUACCUCUGCCUCAAUAUGAAGAAAACUGACUGAGAUUCACCCGUUCACCCACCCAUUUACCCGCCUCUCCUCUGCUCACCUAUCCACCUACCUAUCAACAGAUCCCUCUAUCCAUAUAUGUAUCCAUUCAUCCAUCAACUCACCUACUUAUCCACUCCCAUCCCCUGAUCCAUCCACCCAUCCUCUGAUCCAACCACCCACUCACUGAUUCACUCACUCACUAAUCCAACCACCCACCCACUCCCUGAUCCAACCACCCCUUGAUCCAACCAACCCCUGAUCCACCCAUUCACUGAACCACCCACCCACCCACCACUGAUCCACCUAUCCACUCAUAUCCCCACUUGCCCAGGCAUUCAUUCGCCCAUCAUUACACAUGCUGGGAUGAUGGAGCUGAUGGCCUCUGAGAUCCAUGCCAUCUCUGUGGGGAACAUGAGGGCCAGGCUACAGGAAGAAGUUGACUCUUAGACACUGGUUUGAGGGAUGAGCAGGUCUUUGUCAGAAGAGUCUGGGGGGCCAUGUCCCUCAUCCCGUGGCUCCGGUGGAACGACACCCCUCCCCGGCUCUCGGCCCGGACCCCGGCCGAGAUGGUGCUGGAGACGCUCAUGAUGGAGCUGGCUGGGCAGAUGAGAGAGGUGGAGCGACAACAGAGGGAGCGUCGCAGCGCAGUCAGGAAGAUCUGCACUGGUGUGGACUACAGCUGGUUGGCAAACACGCCCAGGCCCACCUAUGACAUCAGCCCUGGUGAGCGGCUGCAGUUGGAGGAUGUAUGUGCCAAGAUCCACCCAUCCUACUGUGGGCCUGCCAUCCUCAGGUUCAGGCAGCUGCUGGCUGAACGAGAGCCCGAGGUGCAGGAGGUGGCGCGGCUGUUCCGCUCCGUGUUGCAGGAGGCCCUGGAGAAGAUGAAGCAGGAGGAGGAGGCCCAUAAGCUGACACGUCAGUGGAGCUUGAGGCCCCGCGGCAGCCUGUCGUCCUUCAAGACCCGCGCUCGCAUCGCACCCUUUGCCAGUGACAUCCGAACCAUCUCGGAGGAUGUGGAGCGCGAUGCGCCACCCCCGCCGCGCACCUGGAGCAUGCCGGAGUUCAGGGCGCCCCAGGCCGACUGACCACCCAGGGCAAUCACCCUCAGGAGGAAUAACGGGCUGGUGACUCUGUCACUAGCGCCGGAACCUCCCCACCUACCCCAACCAGGAGACCCAUCAAGCAACACUGCUAGACCACGGAGCCAACUACCCAGUGAGCACACCUGCUUGGAUACCUGGGCAGAGUCAGGACUUGAGCCCUGUUUCUCCGCAAAAAGGUCUCCACUUCCCAGCCUGACACAGACACAAGGCCCACAUACUCAUCCCAAUUUCCGGGAUGCCCCAUUCACCCUAUCCAUUCAUGGCACCUUUACUGGUGACCAGAUGACAUUCACUGCAGGGGACCCACAGCCUCAGGCCCAGGGCAGCUGGUGGGGCCCACAGAAGACUGUUCAACCCACUCUUCAGCUAGUGAGUGAAAAAAGGAAGUCUUCCAAGAGUCUCUGCUUUUGCCUUAACUCUGAUCCCUCUGAUGUGGCAUUGUUCUUGCCUCUGAGUCCUUGAAUGCUGGACUAUGAUAGGGUGGGACCAAUGUCUACAUCUCCAUCCACUGGGGCCGAGGCUGCUGUCUGAGAAAGGUGGCUAGGGGUAGGCAGGAUGAUCAUAACUCCCAUCCUGCGAUGUCAUCAUAUGGAACAUGGCCAGUCCAGAGUCAGGGCUUGGAGGCCUGCGAACCUGCUGCUGAAGUCUAGGGAUCCUUCUGUUCACACCUGCUCUCCAGCUUCCCUAGGAAGUACCUGAGCAAAGCAGUCCAGGGUAGUCUCCUGCAGCCUCAUGCUCUGAUGGUCUAUGAGUGGAUGUCCCCCACCUCAAUCUGGGGUAGAAGUAAGGUUCAGGGCAAGCAAAGAGUGUCCCCAGCACCCAGUGCAUGUGAACCUUAUAGUCCAAAUAAAAUGCAAUGGGAGAAAAAUCACUAGGUACUGCAUAUAGUCUGGCUCAAUGGGAAGUCUGCUCUCCUGCCCUCCCCGCCCCUCCUCCUUCAAGGCAGGGUCUCACUAUUUUGGCUGCUUCAGCCUCUUGAGUGCUGAGUCUACUGCACAGAUAUUCUUUUUGAAUGAUGUGGCUUUGGGUUGCUUCACUGGGAUCUGGAUAAUGAUCGGAUGGCACAUUCCUCUUACCCAUCGCUGCCAGGAUGAAGGAGCUGACUGGCUCAUUAGUAUAAUCUCUUCUAAACAAAAACAUUUUAAACAUAUCUUCUACUGGAAGAUACUGAGAAGUUCACUCAGUUGCCAAACUUUGGAUAGAGGUUCAAAGUUGUAGUCGACCCUCGACUACCAGUCAAUGUAGGUACCUCGAAAGGGGUUCUGAGAAUUAAAGGACAGGGAUGAAAGAAAAAUGGUGCUAAGACAAAGUUCUGAUCAAGGUUCAAUUUUAUUGCAAAGCAGCAGGCUUAUAAAGGCAAAAGCCAUAAGCCCAACCCCUAGAUGUGACUGAUGACGUAGAUCACCUCAUGCUGACUGCCAAUGGCAUAGGUUUCCAUUUCUCAGAACAGGUUUCUCUUAUCAGGGCAAAACGAGAAUUCCCAACUCUGGAGGGGAAAUUCCACCUGCGAAGGCAAAAACAGCUGAUGCGGCAACCCCUCUCUGCAGGUCAGGGCAGAGCCUCCACACAAAGUGACCUGUGUUGUGAUGGGGGUUUGCUUUGAUUCAAUGGGUUUGUGGGUGCUUUGAAUGUGACACCAAGAACAAAUGGGAAAGGCUUUGAAACAAACAGUUCCACAGUUGGGAGGAAAUGUUGAGUGAAGCAGAGCUUGCCAAGCCUCCUGCCUGAGGCCCUUGUGGGGCUUGAUUUGCCUAGAGGGAGGUUCCGAGGAUCCUCAGGGGAGGACUACUGAUUGCUGAUUUCUUCUUCCAGGUCUCUCUGUUCUCCUCAAACAAAAGGAAAACCUGAGGUAGUGAGCUUGCUCUUGCAUGACAGGCAGCUGCUACUGCUGUCCCUGCCAACCUCCUCAGUACUCUUCUGCUUUGUCCCACCUUAGCUGUGAUGCUAACUAAAGCCUGUGAGGGUCUCAGGUCCUGUAAGACUCAGGGCUAACAGAGGUGUCUGCUGAGGGGCUGGCGUUGGCUGGAGGGGAGGGGGAGCCCCCCCCAUCCCCCCCGCUGAGCCGCAGCUGGCGCAGCAUCCUAGUUCUGGUGCUUCUUACUUGGUAUGAGAACUUUUAAGUUCUAGAAAGUAAAGGGAGCCUUAAUGCUUAUUAAUUCUUAAUAAUAUUAAUUUCAUUUUUGUUUCAUGUUUUAAUUUCUCAACCCAAAAUUUUGGCGGAUACUUUAAUAUGAAUCUCAGAUAUGUUUCUUCAUGCCUGAAUACUUCAGUGUGCUCUGCAAAAGAGAACAUCCCAGAAGUUGGGGAUAUCUAUCUGUCUGUCUGUCUGUCAUCUACCUAUCUAGGGUGGCAUACAUCUUUAGCCCCAGAGUUUGGGAGGCAGAGGCAUGAAGAUCUCUGAGUUCGAGGUUAGUGUAGUCUACAGCAUGAGUUCCAAGAUAGCCAGGGCUACGCAAAGAAACCCUGUCUUGAAACACAAACACACAGCUGUUCUGCUAGUAAAAAUCUACACAAACUUUCAUAUUAUCUAAUACCUAGUCCCUGCUGAAAUGACCCAAAUUCUUCCCAACAUAUGACUCCUUGCAUUUUGUUUCUGAGAGUGAGGGUCUCAUCAAAUCUCAUACAUCCACACAUCAAUCAGAAAAUUAUGAUUUGUUUAUGCUCAAUCACAUAGUGCUCUAUAAUUCUACAAUGGAAGAUUGUUUAUGGAGUAUCAUGUUGAUAAACAGUAAAUUAAUAAAUUGUGGCCAUUUGAUAAAAUAUUUCAACACAAAAGAUUCUCUAAUAUAUAUAUAUGUAUAUAAUGUAAUUUUACAUAACAUUAAUUUCUUCUCUGGCUUUAGAUUUUUAAAUUCUUUCAUAAAUGAGGAAAGCAGCAAAAAGUGCCAACCAUUUGCACCAGUAAAGAAUAGCUAUUAAUAGUACAUAUUUUUACUAAUUUGAAAUAAUAAAAACCUAUUGGCCAUUCUGGGUAGGGGGUGCAUGCUUGGCUUAAUACUUCAGGAGCCUUCUAGUGCACACUUGAAUCACACACAAGGAGGAAAAAAGGCUGAGGAUAAUCAGCCAUAACAAAACCACAUUCUUUGUAGUUUGUUAUCAUGCAGGUUUGACCUGCAUGCUUACUUUAACCCACAAAUAGCUACUGCAGUCAUUACAUGUCAUUAAUUUUCCAUGGAAAAUUGUCUUUUAGGCUAGGACAUAUUUGAGAGCUGUUUACAAAGUCUUAAGAGGAAGAAAUGUUUUGCUUCCAAAACACUGUCUUUCUGGAAUGUGUGUGUAGCACACUCCAUGAGAGGUCUGAGUUUAUCUGCCGUAUUGGUACUUCCGGUUCCAAACACUUAUACUCUGGAGGUCUGCCAUGCCUGUUGUUGCUAGCAAGCUGAGAAAGCAUGGAAUUCUGGGCUGGUCUGAAAAAAGUGCCUGUUCCAUGGGGUUGGUGGUCUGGGUCACUAUCCGUCUAAGAUGUGAAGAACAAUAUGGUGUGAAUAUUUGAAUCCACAUCUUCAGGGACAGGCUGAGUGGAGACUAGGACUGUGCAAGAAAGACUGUGGAGAACACACCUGACUGGAGAAAGGAUUAGGGGUGUGCUGCCCUUGUAGGUGUGGAGGCCGGGUCUGAUCUGGAUGUUGUUGGGGGCUCGUAGGGAUAUGGUGAUAGGCUCAGAGCUGGCCCAUGUAUCCCACACUCCCUUACUGCAUCUGUUGCCACUUCUGUAUCACCUGCUUUGUCUCUGCAUUUCUCAGAAUUUUAUCAGCAUGGUGCUAUGACUCAUAUUCACUUACUGCACUUGAGGGCUCACCACUGGAAAACCUACUAUUUUAAACAGCGGAGAAGAGAUAGGAUCACCUCCAAGACCGAUAAUGAAAAUAUUUGGGACACCUUAGUCAUUUCUUAUUUCUUUUCUUUCUUUCUUUCUUUUUUUUUUUUUUUUCGGAGACAGGGUUUCUCUGUGUAGCCCUGGCUGUCCUGGAACUCACUCUGUAGACCAGGCUGGCCUAGAACUCAGAAAUCCGCCUGUCUCUGCCUCCCAAGUGCUGGGAUUAAAGGCGUGCGCCACCACCUUAGUCAUUUCUAAUGUAAAAGAAUAAUAAAAAAUGGCUCGCAGACGAGGGAGGGAAUGAACAGUGUAACUUUUAAAAAGCUGUCUACCAGAAAGUUGGCAAAACAUAAGAUGCCACCUUUUAGUAAGCGCCCUUAGGUGGAUCCGGUGAGGUGCUGGACCCCUGGGAAAAGUUAAAAUUGUUACCUACAAAUACAUCCUUGCCUACAAAACUAAGAGUCUUCCAGUCAAACCACCAGGACACAGAGGUCGAAUAAAGAAAUCAGGACGACCAGUCGACAAACCUCCACACUCUGGCAUAAAAAUUGCCAGAGCCAAACCUAAAAAGAAAUACACCGAAACCUGAAGAAAAAUCACUUCCCUUUAAGAGUAAAGGAAGACGGAAGUGGGCGUGCAACCUGGGGAAUUAACCUGCGAAAACACGUAGUCUCAAGUCUGGGGAACCUUCGCCAUCCUGUCACAGUCGAUUACAAACUCUAGUCCUAAGGCCUGGCUGCUCACCACGCGUGGAAAGGCUCGGAGGGGCCAGCAGCCGAGAGCGCCCAAACAGAACGCCCUAACCGGAAGUGGCCUCAACACCCCCCCACCACCACGAUAGGCAGAAGAGCCCUUGGCCCCGCCCUUCGCUUGUUCUCUCCUGCGAUGGAAGCCCGGAAGUCCCGCCCAGCCUGGUUCUGUCUGUCAAGCUGCGGGUUGUGGGUGGUGGGCGGGUUUCUGGUCCGCAGCAGAGCAGGGUGGGCAGUAAGAGACACCGUGCGCUUGGUAUAGACAGCAAGCUGAAAGUCACAUCUUUUGAACACUUAAAGCUAUCUAUACCUUGUACUGGAAACAAAAUGCACAUUCACAUAAUAUUUUGUAUUCAAUGUUGGGAGAGUUGAGGCUCUCCAUUCCCAGAGUUACAAGUUCAAAAAAUUCCCUGACUUUGGAAAAUAAAAGGAACUAUAACUAAAAAGAAUUAAGCCAGAACUUCAAGGCUUUUAUCUUGCAGACAGUGUAGAAUUAUUGAAGGGGGGGGGGGGAGUUUGCAGUGAAUGUCUGUGGAAAACAGCAGUGGUCAAAUCAUUUUGAAAACAUGGAGUGUUUUGACAGCAGAACAGCAUUCUGAAACAUUCUCGGAUGUUCACCUCCUAGACAAUUUUUUUCAGAAGAUUUAUUUUUAUUUUUUGUGUAUGGGUGCUUUGCCUUCAUGAAUGUAGCAGUGGCCAGGGCUCAACCACUGAUCUGUCUUUCCAACUCCCAAAAUAUACUACGCCCUCUCCAAUAUUUCUUUAUAUUCUCUUCCGUAAACUUUUUUGCUAUUACAUUUAAAUUUUCUUUUUACCUUUGUUGAAAACUAAGACAUAAACAUACAUAUUGGCCUGGCCCUCUUCCCUGGAGACUGUCACCUGCUGCUCUGUGUUAGAAUUAUAAUCACCAUGGGCACCUCCACAUACUGAAGUGGGUUCAGGGGUGAUGAUACACACAGGGCUCUCCUCGGGGGUUCCUGCCUCUCGCACAUGAGCAAUCGCUUGUGCUGAGAUGUGCUGGAGUGAGAUGGAAAAGAGCCUAGGGGUGUGGGUGUUUCCACUGCUAUGUGCACGCCCGUCAGGACUGAUCACAGGUGCAGAGCUGUAGUCCGGGUUCCUCUGCCUCUCUGUGGCGGGUCACAUGUCAAGUAGAUGCAUCUAUCAAGUGCAGCAGUGAGAAGAAAGGCACUAUCAAAAUAAGGGGCACAGUGACCCAGACAGAGUCACCCUCACUUGUCAUUGUGUUCUCAGAUAACCCUCCAAGAGCCUCCUGAGCAACAAGCACUUAGCUUCAUCUCAUUUGGAGGAACACUCAGGUAGCCCCACUCCUGACUCAUCUCCCGGUGGACACUGUCUUAGGGUUUCCAUUGCUGCGAUGAAACACCAUGACCAAAAUGCAAGUUGGGAGAAGAGGUUUUAUUCGGGUUACACUUCCAUAUUAUUGUUCAACGUUGAAGAGAGUCAGAACAGGAACUCAAACAGGGCAGAAACCUGGAGACAGGAGCUGGUGCAGACGCCAUGGAGGGGUGUUGCUUACUGUCUUGCUCCCCAUGGCUUGCUCAACCUGCUUUCUUAUAGAACCCAGGACCACCAGCCUAGGGAUGGCACCACUCACAAUGGUUGGGCCCUCCCCCAUCAAUCGCUAAUUAAGAAAAACGUGCCUGAUCUUAUGGAGGCUUUUUCUCACUUGAGGCCCCAUCCUUUCAGAUAAUUCUAGCUUGUGUCAAGUUGACAUAAAAGUAGCCAGCGUAGUAAGUGAAAUAAACCGUGUUGCCCACCUGCUAUGUGUCAGUCAUAACUUGUGAGAUAUAAACUGAAAUCAGACACGGACCCUCGCUUAGAACUAGCAAUCUUAGCAGUGGUACAGGUACAUCAGACUCCUUCCUCUGCCUCUGCUCUGGGAAAACUCUAGGUUGAGAUCCACAUUCUCACCCUAGAGAAUCCACAUUCUCAUCACAUUCUCACUGCAUUUGUAAAGUGCUUACUGUGUGUCUGGAAGAGACUUGGGUUUACACCCAAGUUCCUGCACCAAAGGCUCUCACACAUGGAGGCAGGAGAAGGGGUGAGGGGGGAGCUGGCUGAGUCCCUGGGUGAGGAGCACAGUGGAUGCUUUGUCCUUCUGAGUGGGCACAGUGCAUAGAGGGGUGCAGCAGGAGGAGGAGCCCUAGCCCGGCCAGAAGCAUGGGCCUGUCAGUUCCUGAGAGGACCCUGAGGUGCUGUGACCUAUAAGGCCCAGUCAGAAGUUCUUAUGGGCACAUCUCCAUGACAACAGGCAACUCUGUCCUUGGCAGUGUCACAGCUGGCUGAAUCUCCCUACCUCCCCUCACAGCUUUGCUGGGAGGCUCUGUUUUCUUUCUGCAUGUGACAGCUUUUGCCCUGUGUUCUGAAGCCUGGGUGCCUGGUGGGGAUCUAGCAGGGGUGCCUGGCCCGAGCAGGACCAGAAGCUCAGGAGAGGAAGAGCUUGUGCCCAGAAUGUCCUCUUCCUUCCGGUCGGUCUUGUCCAGAUCCCAUCUCCUCUCCACCUCCCCAGUCAAAUUCCAGCCAGGACAGGAAGUGCGUGUUUUGGGACUGCUGUGUUUGUUUCAGCGGAGAAACCAUGGCUGGACUUGAGCAGGACAACAGGACAGAACAUGAUAGAAAACUCAGCCUCUGUGGGCUUGUGAACACUUUCCUCAGGAAUAUAAACGGUUGUUAACAUUUGUUAAUAUUUAGAAGCCUUUAAAAAAUUGUUAGUUUUCGGCGCGGGACUGAGCGCCCUCCGACAGAGCAAUCAUGUCCCACAAACAAAUCUACUAUUCGGACAUAUACGACGACGAGGAGUUCGAGUACCGGCAUGUCAUGUUGCCCAAGGACAUAGCCAAGCUGGUCCCUAAAACCCAUCUGAUGUCUGAAUCUGAAUGGAGGAAGCUCGGUGUUCAGCAGAGUCAGGGAUGGCUCCACUAUAUGAUCCAUGAACCAGAACCUCACUGUUCCGGUGGCCACUGCCCAAGAAGCCAAAGAAAUGAAGCCAGCGAACCGCCUUCCGGCCUCGAGCUUUCCACAGCUGUCCUCACUCCCUACCAUCUUUCUGAUCUUGUGAUCAUGUCGCUUUCUUAUUUCUCACUUUGAUAUGUAAAGGAUACACUGUUUGAAUGUGCUGGUAUCUGCUUUGCUUCUGGAGUUGAGCCACCAGUGCCACAGCCCUGUCAGAUGAGUGUGACCUCAAAGCCCCCGUGUGCUCGGGAUCCAGCAGGCCAUAUUAGUCAUUUGGCAGAAGCAUGUGAAAUCUAGAUCAUGGCUGUUACAAGGAUGGUGUGAAUUUGCUGAUGUGUUUUUUACUAUUGGGUAUUAUAUUUAUGAUGACUUAUGGAUUUAUGUUUCAAUGUAUUGGAAACUUUGCAUUUUGUCUGACAGAUCUCUUCCAUGUUACAAGCCUUGAUUAAAGAAAGUUUUUUAUAAUCUUAAAAAAA